AUGAAAUAAUUAAUUUAAGUUGACGAUAAAAAAAUAAUAUCACAUACAGCUAAUUUAGAUUUAUUGAGAACAGCAAAAAAGUAUAAUGUUGGCAAUAAACAGUGAACAUAAGAGAAUUAUCUAGUAAUUUAAUACCUGCAAUCAAUGAAGUCUUGAUUUAAUUCUAGCACUUUUGUAAUCAAUUAAUGGGAGUUAAGAAGAAAUGGACAGAUACCUCUACCUCAUCUAAAUAUUUUACCAUAAUUCCUUUAAAUUCUUAUGCCAUCUUUUUUUUACUAUGAUUAUAAAAUUUUUAUUUCAACAAAAUUCCUCAUUUUCUUACUAAAAUUUAUGCAAAGUUCACUUCAAUAAUGA